AUGCUGUACACUCACGCCACCAUCAUCACCGUCGAUGCCUCUCGUCGCAUCGUCGAGGACGGUGCUAUCCGUGUCCAGAAUGACUCCAUCGCAGACAUCGGCAAAACUGACCGUCUUCGCAGCCAAUACCCCGCAGACGAGGAAUACAGCCUCGAUGGCCGCAUCGUCAUCCCCGGCCUCAUCUCGACGCACAUGCACACGGCCCAGACGCUGUUGCGGGGAGCAGCAGACGAUCUCGAACUGGUUUCGUGGCUCUGCGAACGCAUCUGGGUGCUGCAGGGCAACUUCACCGCAGAUGAUGGCUAUGCUGCCGCACGCUUGAGUAUCGGCGAGAUGCUGAAGUCGGGGACGACUUGUUUCCUGGAGAGCAUGUUUGCCGAUCGAUACGGCUUCGACGGUCUCUGCCAGGCCGUGGAAGAAAGCGGCAUCCGUGGCUGUCUGGGCAAGAUCGUCAUGGACAUUGCCCGUUACGCGCAAGAUGAUGCCUGGGCGAUGCAUCCGGGACUCGUCGAGAACCGUGAAACGUCGCUGCUGGGGGCGUUGAGCAUGUGGGAGAAAUGGAACGGACAGGCAAACGACCGCAUCCGCGUGUGGUUUGGAGCUCGCACUCCAGGCGGUGUCUCGGACGCAUUGUAUCGCGAAAUGACCGCUUUGUCGCGCGCGAACAACAUCCCCAUCACGAUGCACUGCGCCGAAGUGCAGGCCGACCGCGAUUUCUUCGCCUCGGUCGGCCAUUCGCCCAUGUCGUACUGCGACGCAGUGGGUUUGCUCUCGCCAUCCACCGUGCUGGCCCAUAUGGUGCAUCUCGACGACACCGAUAUUGCCACAUUAUCAGCUUCAGGCACGCAUGUCGCUCACUGUCCGACUUCCAACGCCAAAUUGGCCCCGGGGAUCUGUCGAGUCCCCGAUUUGCUGACAGCAGGAGUCAAUGUCGGGCUGGGAACCGACGGUGCUCCGUGCAACAAUACCUGCGAUCUCCUCCAGGAGAUGAAGCUGGCAGGCAUCAUCCACAAGAGUAUUGCUUACGAUCCCACGGCCGUUCCUGCCGAGUCGGUGCUGGAGAUGGCUACGAUCAACGGUGCGAAAGCGCUGGGACUGGCUGACCGGAUUGGCAGUUUGGAGAUUGGAAAGAAGGCCGACUUUGUGGCGAUCGAUGUCCGGAAAAUUCACUCGCAGCCGUGGUUCAACCCGGUGAGUGCUAUUGUGUAUACUGCUACAGGCCGCAAUGUCGACGUGGUGGUCGUCGACGGCCAGAUGGUGGUCCGAGACGGGCAACUCUUGACGAUGAACGAACAGGAGAUUGUGGAAGAGGCAAAGAUACGAAGCCGGCAAGUAGUGAUCAGAGCCGGUUUGCAGGAUACGAUCAAGCCUCGAUGGCCAGUGGAAUAA